AUGUCCGGCUUAGAACAAUCAUUAUUCCAACUCAAAUUUACCGCCAAACAACUCAACAGACAAGCAUCAAAAGCCGCUAAAGAAGAACAACAAGAAAAAGCCAAAAUUAAAAAAGCAUUAACUCAAGGCAACAAUGACAUCGCUCAACUAUAUGCCCAAAAUGCCAUACGUAAAUCCAACGAACGAGUCAAUCUAUUGCGAUUAAGUUCUCGUAUCGAUGCAGUGGCAUCACGCGUGCAGACUGCUGUCACAAUGAGAUCAGUCACGGGCAACAUGACACAAGUUAUCAAGGGGAUGGAUAAAGCAUUGCAAACGAUGAAUUUAGAACGAAUAAGUUUAGUCAUGGAUAAAUUUGAGAAUCAGUUUGAAGAUUUGGAUUCAGCUACGAAUUAUUAUGAGACGACAACGAAUAAUGUGAAUGCCAUGACGACACCACAGGACCAAGUGGAUGAAUUGUUGAAUCAAGUUGCUGAUGAAGCUGGCAUUGAGAUGAAACAAGGGUUGAAUGCAACUCAAGUCGAAGUGCAAAGCCCGGUAUCGUCAACUGCUAUCCUGGAGGAAAAAGAAGAUAAAUUGGCCGAAAGAUUGCGAGCAUUGAGGAAUUAG